GCGCUCUGACCGACCGUCAUACCGCCUACCAUGGCCUCCCCCUCGCCGUCCCCGCCCCGCCGCACACCCACCACCGGCGGGAGGCAGUCCCCCUUCUUCCGCGACCUCGCCCGUGCCAUCCCUUCCCACCGGACCUCCGGGUCCCUCGACCCCUCAUCCACGCCGCCGCCGCCGCCGCCCCUUUUCACCCUCGACGACCGCCUAUACGCACAGGAUUUCUCCCCUGAUCGAUCCGCCUCCAACCUCCUCCCCGUCGCUCCAUCCCCAUCCCCACCCACGCGCGCUUCCUCCGCCAGCCGCCCGCCCUCAUGGGACCGGUCCCGCGGCAUCCCCCCCGGUCCGUGCUCGCUGGGUGACUGGCUCGUGGAGCCGGCCCGUAAAGAGGUCCUCGCGCUGCCCCCGCCAUCGCCGCCUCCUACUCGUGCGGCGAACGAGGAGGUGCGAUCGCCGGUGAUCCCGUUGCCUGCGCCGCCCAGGACGGCUCCAUCAGCGAGCGUCACGGGGGCCGACGGGGAGGAGUGGGUCACCGUGUUCGGAUUCACCGCGAGGGAGACCAACCUUGUUCUGCGAGAGUUUGGGAAGUGCGGAGUGAUACUGAGACACUGCUCUGGCCCAAGAGAUCUUAAUUGGCUUCACAUAUUGUAUCAGCACCAAUACGAUGCUCGAAGGGCCCUUGAAAAGAAUGGAAUCCAGCUGUUUAGUGGCGUUGCAAUUGGGGUUAAAAUUACUGAUCCAGCGCAGCUGCAAAUGGAUGAGAAGAUGAGUGAGAGCAAUUAUAAAGGUUUCAUGGUUUCCUUGCCUUCGAAAUCAUCUAUCCAGAAUGCAGGGGCAUCAAGCAAUUUAGGAGAUCUCCCACGUCCCUAUGACCCAAAAGCUGGCAGAAAUAUUAACAGAGACAUGGGUUGUUCAACAGGAAGUGUUGCCAUGCCAGCAAAAUCAGUAUUGGUGAAAACUAUGGACUUGAUUUUUGGCAUUUGAUAUGCAGUGCUGGAGAUUUUACAAUCUUUUUCCUCCCUUGCUCAUCACUUCUGUGGAGUAAUUUUUUAUCACUGCAUGUGCUGAUCUGCGAGUUCCUUAUUUCUAGUGUCCGAAGAUGUUGUUUUUCACUGCAGAUGGAGUAGUUCUUUUCCCCAGCAUCUGCGCAUAUCCAUUCAUGGGUUUUGUUGUGUAGCAUUUACAAUGUGAAAUGUUUGCGCUGGCUAUGUAAAUGUUGGAUUGGCUAUGUAAUACCUUUCUAAAGUGGCGAAGUGUAAAAGGGUCUUGAUUAUACAUGGUGUUCUACUCAGACCAGAAAUGAUGGCCAGUCAUUUUUUAUUGCUUCAUGCUGUU